AAUAUGUUAGUGGCAGUACCGCAAACAAACAAGAAUAGUGUUAUACAAAGAACAAGAGUAAGCCGGAAGUGGGACUCACCCAAAAUGGAGAGAACUAUGCGUGUGGCCUUCCCACUCGUAGUUUUUGCAGUGGCGACCAUGUGUUACGGGGUGGCAGACGCAGCAGUGGUGAAACCUCCGCCGACGUAUUUGAAGUGGCAUUAUUACAGGAUCACCAAUACAUGCCUCUACGCGGAGGAGUAUGUCCGUCACCAAGUUAAACUGUUUUGGGAUAGAGACAGAAGCAUUACGGCAAAGCUCCUCCGCUUGGUUUACUCCGACUGUUUUGUCACUGGAUGUGAUGCGUCUAUUCUGCUUGACGAAGGACCAAAUCCAGAGAAAAAAGCGCCACAAAACCGGGGGCUUGGAGGAUUUGUAGUCAUUGACAAGAUCAAAGAUGUUCUCGAAUCACGAUGCCCUGGAAAAGUCUCUUGUGCUGAUAUACUUCACCUCGCCACCAGAGAUGCUGUUCAUCUGGCAGGUGGACCCUCUUACCCAGUUUUAACAGGAAGAAAGGACAGCAGCAGUACAUCAGAUGCUGCAUCGGUAGACCUUCCAUCACCAUCCAUCUCGCUGCAGAAACUUCUAGACUAUUUCAAAUCGAGGAACUUGAACGAAGUACACAUGACAACACUUCUAGGAGCACACACAAUGGGUAGAACACAUUGUAGCUACAUUGUUGACCGCCUGUACAACUACAAUGGGUCCGGCAAACCCGAUCCAAGCAUGAGUGCCACUCUACUAGAUUCACUUAGAAAACUUUGCCCGCCAAGGAAGAAGGGACAGCCAGAUCCUCUGGUAUACCUAAACCCAGAGUCUGGAUCAAAUUACAACUUCACAGAGUCAUACUACAGAAGAAUCCUAUCCAACAACGCUGUCCUAGGAGUUGAUCAACAAUUACUAUAUGGUAAUAACACUAAACAGAUAACCGAGGAGUUCGCCGUGGGAUUUGAAGAUUUUCGGAAAAAUUUUGCUACAGCAAUGUACAAAAUGGGGAAUUUCAAGGUUUUAACAGGAAACCAAGGUGAAAUACGCAAAAAUUGCCGAUACACAAAUAAGUAGGAGGCAAAAUCGGAUGAUUAGAGUGGACCAAGAUAUGCCCAGUAUAAACAGAUUUGUUUGUGUUUUGAAGGUAAAGAAUAAUACAUGAAUAAUACCCUCUUUGUCUUUUAUAA